AUGAAAUUGAAGGUAGCAGAGGCAGAAGAAGCUGUUUAUAAAGGUACAGAGUCAGAUGUCAAGGUCAAAGGAAAGACUGAUCCUUUAGGACAGGACAAGACUGAAGAAUAUUGUAAUCUUGAACCUUCCAGGGACAAUUCGACGAUGCCGGCCAAGACAAAACUGACACCAACUUGUGACAAUUCUUCAACCAGUAAAAGUGAUAAGAUGAUUGGUAAGAUGCAUUCUGACAUUUUCCAUCACUUACAGCAAGGACAGAAACAACAUCAGCAGCUGUUGGAAGCUAUCACCAUUUCCACUGCCAACAUUGUGUCCUUUGAUGGUAACCCUUUGAAUUUUUAUGAAUUCAUGCGAUCGUUUGACAGCGUCAUUGGUAGUUCUUCAUUGGACAAUAACACCAAGCUACUUAAGUUAUAUCAUCUUUGUAGUGGAGCUGCCAAAGACAUCAUCCAUUGUUGUCUAAUGAUGCAUCCAGAUGAUGGAUACUUACAUGCAAGGACGCUACUGACUGAUCGAUUUGGAAAUGCCUUCAAGAUAUGUGAUGCCUGGAUCAAGAAGAUCACAGAAGGACCUGUCAUACAAAAUGAUCCAAAACAGCUGAGCGAUUUCGCUGAUCAGCUUAAGCGGUGA